AUUUUAGCAAGGUGAAUGAAUGUAUUUUUAGUUCACUUUCCUUUUUUUUUUUUUUUUUUUUUUUUUUGGGAGGCAUGUGGAGACCCAAAAGCAAAACCAUCAUAUCUUAUCGACAAAAACCUGGAAUCUGCUGUCAAAUUCAUUGUGAGAAAGUUCCCAGCUGUAGAAACACGCAACAACAAUCAACAGCUUGCUCAGCUGCAGAAGGAAAAAUCAGAGAUUCUGAAGAAUCUGGCUUUGUAUUACUUCACAUUUGUUGAUGUUAUGGAAUUUAAGGACCAUGUUUGUGAGCUGCUGAAUACUAUUGAUGUUUGCCAAGUCUUCUUCGACAUUACUGUAAACUUUGAUUUAACGAAGAACUACCUAGAUUUGAUAAUAACCUACACAACACUAAUGAUAUUGCUGUCUCGAAUUGAGGAAAGGAAGGCAAUCAUUGGAUUGUACAAUUAUGCUCAUGAAAUGACACAUGGAGCAAGUGAUAGAGAAUAUCCACGUCUUGGUCAGAUGAUUGUGGAUUAUGAGAAUCCUUUAAAGAAGAUGAUGGAGGAAUUUGUGCCUCACAGCAAAUCCCUUUCAGAUGCUCUAAUUUCACUCCAGAUGGUCUAUCCCAGAAGAAAUUUGUCAGCUGACCAGUGGAGGAAUGCGCAACUAUUGAGCCUAAUCAGUGCCCCGAGUACAAUGCUUAAUCCUGCACAGUCUGACACAAUGCCAUGUGAAUACCUCUCUCUGGAUGCAAUGGAAAAAUGGAUUAUUUUUGGGUUUAUUUUGUGCCAUGGAAUCCUGAACAGUGAUGCCACAGCUUUGAACCUUUGGAAACUUGCCCUUCAGAGCAGUUCGUGCCUGUCCCUAUUUCGAGAUGAAGUUUUCCAUAUACACAAAGCUGCAGAAGACUUGUUUGUGAACAUAAGAGGCUACAACAAACGUAUUAAUGACAUAAGAGAGUGCAAAGAAGCUGCUGUAUCACACUCUGGAUCAAUGCACAGAGAAAGACGCAAGUUUUUACGGUCUGCACUGAAAGAGCUAGCUACUGUUCUGUCCGAUCAGCCAGGCUUGUUAGGUCCCAAGGCACUUUUUGUAUUUAUGGCAUUAUCCUUUGCUCGUGAUGAAAUUAUUUGGCUUCUUCGCCAUGCAGAUAACAUGCCUAAGAAGAGUGCAGAUGAUUUCAUAGAUAAGCACAUAGCUGAACUGAUCUUCUACAUGGAAGAGCUCAGAGCUCAUGUGCGAAAAUAUGGACCAGUGAUGCAGAGGUAUUAUGUGCAGUAUCUCUCAGGUUUUGAUGCUGUGGUCUUAAAUGAACUUGUGCAGAAUCUUUCAGUGUGCCCUGAAGAUGAAUCAAUCAUCAUGUCCUCCUUUGUAAACACUAUGACUUCUCUGAGUGUGAAACAAGUUGAAGAUGGGGAGGUAUUUGACUUCAGAGGAAUGAGAUUAGAUUGGUUUAGAUUGCAGGCUUACACCAGUGUGUCUAAAGCUUCACUUAGCCUUGCAGACCACAGAGAGCUUGGAAAGAUGAUGAACACAAUUAUUUUCCACACAAAAAUGGUAGAUUCCUUGGUGGAGAUGUUGGUGGAAACAUCUGAUCUUUCUAUAUUUUGUUUUUAUAGUCGUGCUUUUGAGAAGAUGUUUCAGCAGUGCUUGGAGCUGCCCUCUCAGUCGAGAUAUUCUAUUGCAUUUCCACUGCUUUGCACUCAUUUUAUGAGCUGCACCCAUGAGCUGUGUCCAGAGGAGCGACAUCAUAUUGGAGAUCGCAGUCUUUCCUUGUGUAACAUGUUUUUGGAUGAAAUGGCUAAGCAAGCUCGAAAUCUUAUCACAGAUAUUUGCACAGAACAGUGUACGCUGAGUGAUCAGUUGCUGCCAAAGCAUUGUGCCAAAACAAUCAGUCAAGCAGUGAACAAAAAGUCAAAAAAACAGACCGGAAAGAAAGGGGAACCAGAGAGGGAGAAACCAGGAGUAGAAAGCAUGAGGAAAAACAGACUGGUGGUGACGAACUUAGACAAACUGCACACUGCACUUUCCGAGCUCUGCUUCUCAAUCAAUUACGUACCAAACAUGAUUGUCUGGGAACAUACAUUUACCCCAAGGGAGUACUUAACAUCUCACCUGGAAAUCCGCUUUACCAAGUCAAUCGUUGGAAUGACUAUGUAUAAUCAAGCGACACAAGAGAUUGCAAAACCUUCAGAGCUGUUAACAAGUGUCAGAGCCUACAUGACAGUACUCCAAUCAAUAGAAAAUUAUGUGCAGAUUGACAUCACAAGAGUAUUUAACAAUGUUCUUCUUCAGCAAACCCAGCAUUUGGAUAGUCAUGGGGAGCCAACUAUUACCAGUUUAUACACAAAUUGGUAUUUAGAAACCUUGCUAAGGCAAGUCAGCAAUGGGCAUAUAGCAUAUUUCCCAGCAAUGAAGGCAUUUGUGAACUUACCCACAGAAAAUGAGUUGACAUUUAAUGCUGAAGAAUACUCUGACAUAUCAGAAAUGAGGGCCCUCUCAGAACUACUAGGACCAUAUGGCAUGAAGUUCCUAAGUGAAAGUCUUAUGUGGCACAUUUCCUCACAGGUUGCUGAACUUAAGAAACUUGUGGUGGAAAAUGUUGAAGUGCUAACACAAAUGAGGACCAGUUUUGACAAACCAGACCAGAUGGCAGCACUCUUUAAAAGAUUAUCAUCUGUUGAUAGUGUUCUGAAGAGGAUGACCAUAAUUGGCGUAAUCUUAUCUUUUCGCUCAUUGGCACAGGAAGCACUUAGAGAUGUUUUAUCCUACCACAUUCCUUUCCUCGUAAGUUCAAUUGAAGACUUUAAGGAUCACAUUCCGAGGGAGACUGACAUGAAGGUGGCAAUGAAUGUAUAUGAGCUGUCGUCUGCUGCUGGAUUGCCAUGUGAGAUCGAUCCCGCCUUGGUUGUAGCACUGUCUUCCCAAAAAUCAGAAAAUAUUAGUCCAGAAGAAGAAUAUAAAAUCGCCUGCCUCCUCAUGGUCUUUGUGGCAGUCUCCUUGCCAACUUUGGCCAGUAAUGUGAUGUCUCAAUAUAGCCCUGCCAUUGAAGGGCACUGCAACAACAUUCAUUGCUUGGCCAAAGCUAUCAACCAGAUUGCUGCAGCUUUAUUUACCAUCCACAAGGGAAGCAUCGAAGACCGCCUUAAAGAAUUUUUGGCUCUUGCAUCAUCUAGCCUACUGAAAAUUGGUCAGGAGACAGACAAAACUACUACAAGGAACAGAGAAUCUGUUUAUUUACUGUUAGACAUGAUUGUGCAGGAGUCUCCAUUCCUUACAAUGGAUCUCUUGGAGUCUUGUUUCCCUUAUGUCUUGUUGCGAAAUGCAUACCAUGCUGUCUACAAACAAAGUGUCACAUCUUCUGCAUAAAUAUCUACAUACUGAAGACUUAGCACGCAUCUAUGUUGCCUCAGUUUUACCUGUAAACUGUGGAGCUAUUUUACUUUAUGGCCUGACAAACAGUUUUGUGGAUUAUAAACUUUCUUCCAUACAGUUGUAUUUCUGAUCAGUGGUUUCUUAAUAUGGUUGUACUACAAUAUGAGCUUGAUUGAUUUUAGGUUGCACAUUCAUGAAAAUACUCCUUUUUUAUUUUUAGAGUAUUGGUUAUCUUUAAAAGAAAAACACUACUUCUGCUAUAUGUUUUUGAUAUUUGAUCAUGCAAAACCAUAAUUGCGUGUUUAUUUCCAAGAAGAAAAAUGUAUUUAGUGAUUAUUUUAGAUAGUGUUCUAGUUUUCAUCUGUGUGUAAAUUAUUUCAUAUAGGGAAAGUUAUAAUCUGUACCUAUUGUUCUUAUUGAAAACAAGAAUUGGAUGUGCAUUUCUGUGAAGUAAUUACAGCAUUUCUACUUUCCUUUAUUUUGAAACAUUCGCCAAACUAAAUACUAUGACACUAUAGAACAUUAAAAAUGCUAUAGGACUGUUUAUCCCCCGACAGCAGUCCUCUCCCAAUAUUCUUAAACAGCACGUGAUGUUGUUUGUAUAAAGCAAAGUGGGAAAAAUUUUUAGACUAUCUUCCAUGGUGCCCUGUUGGCAUUAACACUACCAUUGUACCCUGCUGUAUAAUAAACAUUCUUACACAUUUAUCAGAUGUUGAUAAAAAUGUUAGCCCUUAACCACUUUUUAUAUGUUUUAAAAUUUUUGAAAUUCAAGUGUACCUUCCAUAACAUACAAUAAACACUAGACUGUA